AUGGUGACUAUACCUCAUCCUUACCUCCGAGUGUGGUGGAAAUUCAUGAACAACGAAGAUAAGAAAAAGGUUCGAAGUCACAUAGGCCACAUCCCGUCAAUUAUGGAAAUGGAAGCUUGGCCUCAUUUAGUUGGAACAAUGGUAAAGUUUUGGGAUAGUGACAACAUGGUGUUUAGAUUCGGGGAAGUAGAAAUGACCCCAACUAUCGAGGAAGUCCUUGCUAGUUACGAGAGUAUAGGCAUGUGUAACAAACGAAAGCAUAAGCCUGACAAUGACCUCCUUAUUCCUAAGAUAUGGGAUUUUAACAAGAUAAAAGAAAAACUUUCACUUGUCAAAGCUAAAUGGAUGGAUAGGCUUUCCGGACCAAACAUCCCUCUUCGAAAACUUUACACUCGAUUUGGACGAGCAAGGGCUUUCGAAAAGUAUCAUGAUGAAUUCAUCUCAGAGGAAAAAUGGAAGGAAACACGUCCUCUUGCGUUUGCGGUAUGCCUACUUGGGACAAUGGUGUUUCCCCAAGGACCAAACUAUACUAUCCAUCCAAGUGUAGUAAUGGUCACUCACGCCAUCUUCAAUGGGGUAAACUACGGAUCCUCAAUCAAGUACUACACUUUGGCGCCCAUGAUUCUUGCAGACAUUUAUCGAGCGUUGGAUAAGUGUAAAGAUGGUGGACGAUUCUUUCAGGGAUGUAAUUUGAUACUUCAAUGGUGGAUGAUGAGACACUUACUCAAAGCUGAUGCUCCGGAACAUCCAGACCCUUUGAGACGAUCAGAUGAACUCGGAGGUCAAAGUUGGUGGUUAUAUUGCAAUCAUUUUCAUAGAACGGGAGGUCAAAAAUUCUGGUAUCCAAGGCUUCAGGGAUUAAGAGAAGAAAAUGUGCAAUGGUCAAUCGAGAGUAUGGUGCUGCCAGAGAAAAUAACAAUUCGAGGGGAAAAGGUCCCUUACUUAAUAUUGGCCGGAUUAAGAGGAACCCGGCCAUAUGCCCCCGCUCGCGUCCUUAGACAACUAGGAGGAAAACAGGAACUUCCACAAACCACGAGUAUGAGAAAGUUUGCAACAGACCACGAAAAUGGCCAAGUCUCUUUCGCUGAACAGAUACUUAGAACAUGGAAAACUCGAAGGGUGUUGGGUGAGUCAUUGCCAAAUAGAUUUCAACCUGAGUGUUCUGCGGAGUACAAGGAAUGGAUAAAGAGUAACCUUAUCAAAACCGCCGAAUUAGUACCAAAUGUCCCCUAUCACGUUCGACUCUAUCAGCUCCAAGAGAAGUAUGAGAAAAAUGAAUUAGAUCAUCAACGCCAACAGUUAGAUGACGCCAAAGUCAUAGCCCAGCUAAAGCAAGAGUUACAAAGAGUAAGACAAUGCAUGUCUGAAUUAGAUGAUGGCAUGGAGCAACAGAUCCAGUCCAUAGAAAGGUUCAAGCACCAAGAAGGAGCUCAGCUAGCUAGCGAUCAUCUAUGGGCAAACAGAUAUGCCAUAUGGGAAGAGGUCAACAUAGCCAAGAAAAACAAAUCUAGUGAAGGAUCAGAAGGAGUGUAUUUAGAAUUGAUCUGUGUUGAUAAACUGACUGAGCACCCUUAUUUCACCAGGUCAAAGGCUUCCAAAGAUUCCUUCCCCGAUCAAAAUUCAUUGGUACGGAAAAAGAAAAUGACUGGUAAUAAUGACAGCACUAGUUUGACGGAUAUUGUUGUGACGGACCCUAUCGUCGCGGAACAAAAUGAGCUGAUUGCACAAUUGGUGCAACAAAUCGCCGAGAUGAGAGUUGAGAUACAGAAAAAUCGAGAGUUGUCAAAACUGGCUAUCGCCGCCAAUACGCCGGUUUCAGGUGAAGGAAGGCCUCCAUUCCAUUUCCCUUCUCCAAAUUCAAAUCUGGAUCUUCCUGAAGGGUUUAAAGUACCUAAAUUUGAUACUUUUGGUGGAACCGGAAAUCCUUUGGCUCAUUUGAGAGCAUACUGUGACCAAUUAGUAGGAGUUGGUAAGAAUGAAGCCUUGCUGAUGCGUCUCUUUAGCCGAAGUUUGAGUGGAGAGGCCUUGGAAUGGUUCAGCGCUCAAGAAAUAAAACAGUGGUCUAAUUGGAACGCUUUGGCCAGAGAUUUUAUCGAGAGAUUCGCAUAUAAUGUGGAAAUCGUUCCCGAUCGAUAUUCUUUGGAGAAGAUCAAACAGAAAUCCACUGAAAAUUAUCGUGAGUAUGCGUACAGGUGGAGGAAAGAGGCCGCGAGAGUUCGACCUCCCAUGUUAGAGAAAGAGAUUGUGGAAGUAUUUGUGCGCACGCAGGAGCCCGAGUACUAUGAAAGACUGAUGUUGCUCGUUGGAGCAAAAUUUGCCGAGAUAGUCAAGGUAGGUGAGACUAUCGAGGAUGGGCUCAAGACUGGAAAGAUAGCCCGUGUAGCCUCUGCAAUUGCGUCUUCGGGAUCAUUUAAGAAGAAGCGAGAGGAUGUAUCUACCAUCUCCUAUACAACUGAGGGGAAGAGGUUUGCCAACACCAAGCUAGGAAAAUCCACACCUUUCAAGACCUAUUCACGAGGUCCACCAAAUUCACAUCAAGUUUACUACACCCAACCGAAUUACCAAACCCCAGCUUCCAGUCAGCAAACCCCAUACCCAAAUGACCAAGUCCCAUUUAACAGUUAUCAAGCUCCACCUUCUAAUUACCCAGCUCCAUAUUACCAAAACACCCCGCUAAACUACCGAACUCCACAACCAAGUUAUCAAACCCAACUGUACCCAAGAUUCCAAACUCCUGCACCUUCCCACCAAAAUCGUCCGAGUUAUCGCCAUGUGCCACCACCCCCGCAAAAUAAUUACAACCUUUCCCAACCCAAUUUUGAAAAUAGGCCUGCCAGAAAUUUUACUCCUCUGGUGGAGAGUCGAACUAAGUUGUUCGAAAGAUUGAGAGACGCAGGCAUUAUUCACCCCAUUGCACCUAAACUGGCUGAUACAAGCUCUAGAUUCUAUAGAGCUGACAAAACAUGUGCGUAUCAUUCCAACAGUGUCGGACAUGAUACUGAAACUUGUGUCAAUUUGAAACACAAAAUUCAGGAUUUAAUUGAUCGUGAGGUCGUUACUCUCCAAACCGCCGCCCCUAAUGUCAAUAGUAAUCCUUUGCCAAAUCAUGGAGGGGUUAAUAUUCACAUGAUUGAGAUGGAAGAAGAUUGGUGUGUAACAAAGGCCAUAGUCCCAACACAUACUAACAGCCUUGAAAUGGCUGUGGCUUCACUGAGCAUAAAGAAGAAAUCGAAUUUUGUGAUUUUGACACCUCCAAAGGUUGUUGCCUUGGUAUCGAAAGAAAUUCCUAACCAAAAGAAGUUUGUGAUCGAGACUGCCGCAACUCAGGGAAUGACACGGUCUGGUAGAUGCUACACCCCAGAAGAAUUGGCUCAAGGAUGGAAUAAGAAAGAUCAACAAAAGAGACCAAUUAGUGAAGCUGAGGCUGAAGAGUUUUGGCGGAAAAUGCAGCCAAAAGAAUAUUCCAUAGUGAAGCAUCUGGAGAAAGUACCUGCCCAAAUCUCAGUGUGGGCAUUGUUGAUGAGCUCACAACAACACAGACAUGCUUUAAUGAAGGCUUUGGAUGACACCUAUGUACCUGUGGGCACAGAUGGAGAUAAUCUGGCCGCUAUGGUGAGUCGAGUCGUUCAAGGACACCGCAUCAGUUUUAACAAUGAAGAGUUACCAUUUGAAGGUGUGAUGCAUAACAAAGCUCUUCAUAUCACUGUUGUGUGUCGAGAAAAGAUCAUGAAUCGUGUAUUGAUCGAUGAUGGAUCAGGUCUUAAUAUUUGUCCUUUGUCGACUCUCAAACAAUUGAACUUUGAUUUAGGGAAAGUCCAACAGAAUCAAGUUUAUGUAAGGGCUUUCGAUGGGGGUCAAAGACAUACAUUAGGUGCUGUGAAUUUGGAUAUUCAGGUAGGGCCUGUUGAUUUCAUUAUAGAAUGCCAGGUGAUGGACAUCACCACCAGCUACAACCUACUGUUAGGAAGGCCAUGGAUCCACAUGGCUGGAGCCGUUCCCUCUACUCUCCACCAAAUGAUAAAGUUCGUAAAGAAUGACCGGGAGGUGGUUGUUUAUGGUGAGGGGAGGCAUUCAAACAGUUGUGCAUCAAUUAUCGAUGAUAUUACCAGAGGUACUGAUUUUUAUACGGUUGAGCUGGUGAAUGCCACUGACGAUGAUUCAGCCCCACAACCUCCUAUGCCAUCCGUUUAUAAAAUGAUAGCCACCGUCAUGCUCCAAAAUGGUUUUGAGCCAGGUUUUGGAUUGGGGAAGCACUUGCAAGGAAUCAUUGAGCCCAUUCAGAUUCCCGAUAAAGGCUUAAAGCAUGGUUUGGGAUAUGACCCUACAGAAGAUGACGAGGCAGAUGUGACAAAUAGGAAGAUUGAUCGGGUACUCGCUAGGCCAAUACCUCAUUUGUAUAUGUCAUUUCCAGUGCGAGAAUGUGUCAAUGAUGGUGAUCUUGGGGAAGGAAUCUGGGAUCCUUUUGAAGAAAUUGAUGCAAUUCUAGAGGAAGAAACGGGGACAUCGAGCGUUCGUCAUGCUGAGUCAGGAGAGCAACUGUCUAAUUGGACGUCUGCACCGCUCUUAGUCCCUCACUCAUCUUGUAAAAAUAACUUAAAACCUGCCAAUAUCAUGUCAUGUCACAAGCUAAAUGAACAAAAUAAGAUAAAUGGUGAUGAGUUUGAGGAUUAUGAUGAAGAGGCUACCGUACCUGAACACCUCACCGAGGGUUUGAAACAAUUUGAGGAUCAGUACAAGCCAAAUCAAGAAGAAACUGAGGUUGUGAAUCUGGGAGAUGACGAAUGUACCAAGGAGACCAGAAUCAGUGUCCAUUUAACAAAAGCUCAGAGGAAAAAACUUACCAGUUUGCUUGGAGAGUAUAUCGACAUAUUCGCUUGGUCUUAUGAUGAUGUGUCAGGUUUGAGUGUAGACAUCGUGUCUCAUAAAUUGCCGAUAAAUCCGGAUUGCAGUCCGGUAAAACAAAAGACUCGAAAAUUCAAGCCAGAUUUAAGUUUGAAGAUCAAAGAGGAGGUUACCAAGCAAAUUCAAUCUGGAGUUGUGGAAGUGACAAAAUAUCCGACUUGGUUAGCCAACAUUGUUCCAGUCCCUAAGAAGGAUGGCAAGAUCAGAAUUUGUGUUGAUUAUAGAGAUCUGAACAAAGCUAGCCCUAAAGACAACUUUCCAUUGCCAAAUAUCCACAUUCUCAUUGAUAAUUGUGCCAAGCAUGAGAUGCAGUCAUUUGUGGAUUGCUACGCAGGUUAUCACCAGAUUCUAAUGGAUGAAGAAGAUGCAGAAAAGACAGCCUUCAUCACACCAUGGGGUGUGUAUCACUAUCGAGUAAUGCCAUUUGGUCUUAAAAAUGCUGGGGCUACUUACAUGAGAGCCAUGACAACCAUCUUUCAUGAUAUGAUUCACAAAGAAAUUGAGGUAUAUGUGGAUGAUGUCAUUAUCAAAUCCCGCGAGAGUGAAGGUCAUUUGACUCAUUUGAAAAAAUUCUUUGAUCGUUUGCGCAAAUACAACCUGAAAUUAAAUCCCGCUAAAUGUGCUUUUGGAGUGCCAGCUGGCAAGUUAUUGGGGUUUAUAGUCAGUAGAAGGGGUAUCGAGCUUGAUCCCUCUAAAAUCAAAUCGAUUCAAGAAUUACCUCCACCAAAGACUAAAAAGGAAGUGAUGAGUUUCUUGGGAAGAUUGAACUACAUCAGUCGAUUUAUAGCUCAAUCCACAUUGAUUUGUGAGCCUAUCUUUAAGCUACUGAAAAAAGAUGCAUUGACAAAAUGGACUGAAGAAUGUCAGACAGCUUUCGAGGCUAUCAAAAGUUACUUAUCUAAUCCACCGGUGCUGGUUCCUCCAAGGGAAGGAGUUCCAUUGUUGCUAUAUCUGUCUGUCUCGGAUAAUGCAUUUGGAUGCGUGCUAGGCCAGCAUGAUGAGACGGGGAAGAAGGAACGAUCAAUCUAUUACUUAAGCAAGAAGUUUACUCCGUACGAGGCUCGUUACACUCUUUUGGAGAAAACUUGUUGUGCUUUAACCUGGAUUGCUCAAAAGUUGAGACAUUACUUGUCUUCAUACACUACAUAUCUCAUUUCCAAGAUGGAUCCUUUGAAGUAUAUUUUUCAGAAAGCGAUGCCCAUUGGGAAAUUGGCAAAAUGGCAGAUGUUGUUGAGUGAGUUUGAUAUUGUGUAUGUGACCCAAAAGGCGAUAAAAGCACAAGCCUUAGCGGAUCAUCUCGCAGAAAAUCCAGUAGAUGAAAAGUAUGAACCGCUCAAAACUUAUUUUCCCGAUGAAGAGGUACUAUUUGUAGGAGAAAAUAUCUCCGAAGCAUACCCUGGUUGGAGAGUAUUUUUUGAUGGAGCGGUGAAUCAUGAAGGAAGUGGAAUUGGAGCAGUCCUAAUAUCGGAAUCUGGCCAACAUUACCCUAUGGCAGCCAAACUUCGAUUUCGUUGCACGAACAACAUGGCUGAGUAUGAAGCAUGCAUCAUGGGUCUAAAGAUGGCGGUCGAUAAAGACAUUCAAGAGUUGUUGGUGAUAGGAGAUUCAGAUUUGCUGAUUCACCAGGUUCAAGGAGAGUGGGCUGUGAAAAAUUCGAAGAUUGCACCAUACGUGAAGUUAGUGCAAAGGUUGUGUAAAAGAUUUCGCAAGAUCGAGUUUAGGCAUACCCCAAGGUUGCAGAACGAAUUUGCUGACGCUCUUGCUACUAUCUCCUCAAUGAUCAAACAUCCAGAUACAAGUUACAUUGAUCCUGUGGAGAUAUACUUGAAAGAACAACCCGCUCACUGUUCGCAUGUCGAAGCAGAACCAGAUGGGAAACCUUGGUAUUUUGACGUAAAGAGGUAUCUGGAAACUGGAACUUAUCCAGACAAUGCGACUUUCAAUCAGAAGAAAGCAAUACGUCGGAUGGCUAACAAUUUCUUUCCAAGUGGAGAAAUCCUUUAUAGGAGAACUCCAGAUAUGGGUCUUCUCAGAUGUGUCGAUGCUGUUGAAGCCACAAAGCUUCUCGAACAGAUUCACGCAGGAGUGUGUGGAACUCACAUGAAUGGGCUUACUUUGGCGAAAAAGAUCCUUCGAGCCGGCUAUUUUUGGAUGACUAUGGAGCAUGAUUGUUGUAAGUAUGUGCAAAAAUGUCAUAAAUGUCAAAUGCAUGGUGAUUUGAUUCGAGUACCUCCUCACGAACUUAAUGCUAUGAGUUCUCCUUGGCCAUUUGUGGCUUGGGGCAUGGAUGUCAUUGGUCCAAUAGAGCCAUCCGCCUCUAAUGGACAUAGGUUCAUUUUAGUUGCUAUUGAUUACUUCACCAAGUGGGUAGAAGCAGCCUCGUAUAAAUCGGUCACGAAGAAGGUAGUAGCAGAAUUCGUCCGUAAUAAUUUGAUAUGUAGAUUUGGGAUACCGAAUUCCAUCAUUACCGAUAAUGGAGCAAAUCUCAAUAGUCAUUUGAUGAAAGAGAUAUGUGAGCAAUUCAAGAUUAAUCAUCGAAACUCAACUGCAUAUCGCCCUCAAAUGAAUGGAGCCGUAGAAGCUGCCAACAAGAACAUCAAAAAGAUCUUGAGGAAAAUGAUUGGCAAUCACAGAGGUUGGCAUGAAAUGUUGCCAUAUGCUUUGUUGGGAUAUCGAACAACUGUCAGAACAUCAAUUGGAGCAACUCCAUACUUGCUAGUGUAUGGGACGGAGGCUGUAAUCCCCGCCGAAGUGGAAAUACCUUCAUUGAGAAUUAUUCAAGAAGCUGAAUUGAGCAAUGCCGAUUGGGUUCGUAAUCGAAUUGAACAUUUGGCCUUGAUUGAUGAAAAGAGAAUGACUGCCGUUUGCCAUGGUCAACUGUACCAGCAAAGAAUGACUCGUGCUUUUAACAAGCGAGUGAGACCAAGAACAUUUGAAGUUGGUCAGUUGGUUCUCAAACGCAUUUUUCCACAUCAAAAUGAGUAUAAAGGAAAGUUUGCGCCAAAUUGGCAAGGACCAUACAUGGUGCGCCAAGUGUUGUCUGGAGGUGCCUUGAUAUUAUCCGAGAUGGAUGGACAAGAAUGGCCGAAGCCAAUCAACUCAGACGCCGUCAAGAGAUAUUAUGUAUGA